GGCUGUCAGGGAGAGGAAGCAAGUGGAAGCCAAGCGACAGGUCGCUGGUGUGUUCAUUACAUUUUACUGAGGAUGACUAUAAAAAGAACACGAACAUUAGGCUUUUGCUUCCGACUGCGGUCCCAACUGUGUUUCCCGGGUUUCCGCAGCACAUGCAAAAAACGAAUGUGCAGCCCAGGAAAUGCCAGCGAAUGAAUCCAGCUGGUGACGCAAUAGUUGGGGCAGGUGAUUGUGAAAGCUCAGGAGAAAGCCCCAAGAUCAAAGGUUCCUUGCACCCUGUGCAAGACGAGAUCGAAGUGCUCGUUCCACAGUCUGCCUCAGAAUCGUGCACAGAACGUAGCUGUCCUGUAGAUCAGGCCAGCCAAACCACAUUAGAUUUUGCGCAUGUCUUGGAAGAGUCAAAGAAAGCAGUGAACAGAUUGAAAAAGAAAGUUGAUCAUCAAGGAGAACAGUUGCAAAAAUUGCAGGCCGACCGAGAUGAAAUGCAGGAACGCCUUUUAAGUUAUGAAAGCAACAAAGGCAUUCAGGCCUUUGUUCAUGCAUUACGAAAAUCGCAAGAAGGAGACAAAGCUGCCGUUUUUAUCAGCAACCAAGUGGCCAGUUUAGGCAAGAAAAAGCCCGUCUACGAUGACGUAAUCCUGCGGGAAUGCGUUAUAUGGAAAGCCUGUUAAACAAAGGGUACGAGCAUGUUAGAAGCAGAGGCCUUUUGAAGCUCCCAUGUCGUGCUACGCUUCAAAAGUAUGUAGGACACUCGUCCAGCGAAGUCGGUGUGACCUCACUGAUAAGGGAGCGGCUGCGUGUGGAACGCGAAGGGCUAUCCGCCGAACAAGAAGUGUACUGCUCACUCAUUAUAGAUGAGAUGGCCAUUGCGCAGAAAGUUAUUUAUGACAAACAAGCGGACAGGAUAUUUGGUCUUGUGGACAUGAGUCGCGAGGAAGAGUCAAGUGCAGUUCCUGAAGUACCAAACCGCUUGUUAUGCUUCGUCCUACGAGGACAGUCAACAGGCCAUGUCAUACCGGUGGGCUAUUUUUCCACAAGAUGCCUCAAGAACGACAAGCUUUCUGCAAUGACACUGGAAGUCAUGAAAGCAGCCGAAGAUGUCGGUUUUCGUGUUGUGAGAAUCGUAACUGACAAUCAUCAAACAAACGUUGCUCUCUUCAAGCAUCUCUCAGAAGAUGGCACCCUUGUUCAUGUCGUGCCCCACCCUCUGCGAAAAGGUCACCCACUGUUCUUGUCUUUCGACCCCAAUCACCUCAUAAAGAACCUACACACGAAUUUUCUUGAGCGAGAGAUGACGGACGGCGAUGGGCUCAUUCAGGGUGGUUUCUCCUUGAAGAAAAUUUUUGAAAUUCACUCGCAGUUGCUGGCGAAGCCGGUCAGGUUUCUUACCCGUGCACACGUUCAACCCAACAACUUAGAGAAAAUGAAAGUGUGCAGGGCGAGACAAAUAUUUUCUCUCGCAACAAUAGCUACGCUUGAAUUUCUUCAGGAAAACCCCGAAUGUCAUCCUGACGCAAGCCAAUUCUCAAUUAUCAGUUUCAUGAUGAUGAUCGCGAAAUGGUAUGCAGUGAAGGCAGGCGGACAGCAUGAGGAACCAUUUUACACGACAGAUGAUGAAAGGCUAUCCUGGCUGGAACUAGAUUUCGUGUGCUACCUUGAAGACCUCUAUAUGCAAGGCGGCCGGUCAAUGCGAAUGACGAAAGAGACGUACGAAGCGACACUCCUCACUACACGAUCAACAGUGGCACUGAUUGAAUACCUUCUUGACCAUAUCAAUUACCGCUAUGUCUUGACACGUGGCCUGAACAGCGACCCCAUAGAGUCACUGUUUAGCUGCCUCCGGCAGUUUAAUGACGGCAACGACAGAGUGGAUGCCAGGACUGCAGUGUUCACUGUGGAGAAACUGAUCAAGGUUGGCAUUCUUCAAGCAGCUAGGGAUGGAAACGCGCCGCUUUCUUCCGAAAUGGAGGCACCCAUGCGGUUGUCUGUUUCAGAUGCUAACACAUGCACCCUACCAGCUGCUGUUGAGCGUGCUACCACGGAGCUUUCCAGUGAGUUCGCAUAUCUGACGCUGCGGUCUCAAGCAGAAGCAGAUCUUGAGUUAGCGCCAGUAGCUUUUCUUGCUGGAUACGUUGUGAGAGCAUGUGAGAAAAAGGUAUGAGGUUGUUUUCGUGUGUGUACGCAAGAAGUGUUUUAAAUUUGCCUUAAUAUGACAGUGUUUUGCAACUAAUGAAGCGUGUGAUAACUUCACGCUGCAUCUUUAUACUCUUACGACUGC